AUGGCGUUCGAUAGUACCCACCCCGUUUUGGCGGCAGUUCUUUUGCAACAUUCGUGUCGUGCUUGUCGCUCUAUCGAACAGCUGUCUAAUAGUACGUCUGGUACGAAAAAGUCAAGAUCGACCGCAUCGACUAUGGCCCACCAGCUGAAAAAGCGAAUUUGGGAGCUUUCGGUGUGGAAAUUUGAACGAUUACGAUAUGCGUGCAGAUGA